GUAUCACCGUUGAUAAGCACGGCUUCAUUUACUUUGUGGACGGCACCACGAUUCGUAAGGUUGACGCGAGUGGGCAGAUCACAACGUUGAUAGGCUCAAACGGCCUCACAUCAACCCAGCCUCUGCGCUGUGAUGCCAGCAUGGACAUUUCUCAGGUUCGUUUAGAAUGGCCAACAGAUCUGGCUGUCAACCCACUUGACAACUCAUUGUAUGUGCUGGACAACAACAUCGUCCUUCAAAUCUCUCAGAGCAGGCGGGUUCGCAUCAUCGCGGGGCGCCCAAUUCACUGCCAGGUUCCGGGCGUUGACCACGUGCUGGUCAGCAAAGUGGCCAUCCAUUCCACCCUCGAAUCGGCCCGUGCUGUUGGCGUCUCUCACAGCGGCGUGUUAUACAUCGCCGAGACGGAUGAAAGGAAGAUCAACCGCAUCCAGCAGGUCACCACCAAUGGAGAAAUCUCGGUCAUUGCUGGGGCCCCGACAGACUGUGACUGCAAGAUUGAUCCCAACUGUGAUUGUUUCUCAGGCGAUGGUGGAUAUGCUAAAGACGCCAAGCUGAAAGCGCCCUCUUCCCUCGCUGUGUCUCCUGACGGCACUCUGUACAUCGCCGACCUUGGGAACAUCCGCAUUCGUGCUGUUAGCCAAAAUAAGCCUCACCUCAACGAUGCCAGCAUUUAUGAGAUAGCAUCUCCAGCUGAUCAGGAACUCUAUCAAUUCACGAACAAUGGGACUCACCUGCACACCCUCAAUCUGAUUACGAGAGACUUUCUGUAUAACUUCACGUAUAACGGGGAAGGUGAGCUCGGCACCGUUACCAGUAACAAUGGACACUCGGUGCACAUUCGCAGGGACGCCAGUGGCUUACCGCUUUGGAUGGUGAUGCCGGGAGGGCAAGUGUACUGGUUGACCAUCAGUAGCAACGGCAUUCUCAAAAGAGUUUAUGCUCAGGGCUACAAUUUAGCCCUAAUGACGUAUCCUGGCACCACUGGACUUCUCGCCACCAAAAGCAACGAGUAUGGAUGGACAACCGUUUAUGAGUAUGAUUCCGAUGGUCAUUUAACCAAUGCAACUUUCCCCACUGGGGAAGUCAGCAGUUUCCAUAGCGAUGUUGAAAAACUGAUGAGAAUAGAAAUUGACGCUUCAAAUAGGGAAAAUGUGAUUACAGCAACUAACUUUUCAGCUACCUCAACUAUUUAUACUUUAAAACAAGACAAUAUUCAGAAUAUUUACCGGGUCAGUCCAGACGGAUCCCUCCGAGUCACCUUUGCCAGCGGAAUGGAGCUGACGCUGAAUGCUGAGACACACAUCUUGGCUGGUGUAGUCAACCCCACCUUAGGAAAAUGUAAUAUCUCCUUACCUGGGGAGCACAACUCCAACCUUAUCGAGUGGAGGCAAAGGAAGGAACAAACUAAAGGCAAUAUUUCCACUUUUGAAAGGAGGUUGCGGGCUCACAACAGGAACUUGUUGUCCAUUGAUUUUGACCAUUUAACAAGAACAGGGAAGAUCUACGAUGACCAUCGCAAGUUCACCCUUCGGAUCCUCUACGACCAGGCAGGCCGACCAAUUCUUUGGUCACCCAUCAAUAAAUACAAUGAAGUGAACAUCACUUACUCCCAUUCUGGAUUAGUAACAUACAUCCAGAGAGGAACCUGGACUGAAAAGAUGGAGUAUGAUCCAAAUGGGAAGAUUAUCUCCAGAACAUGGGCAGAUGGAAAAAUAUGGAGCUACACCUAUCUAGAAAAGUCUGUGAUGCUCCUUCUGCAUAGCCAGCGCCGCUACAUCUUCGAACAUGACCAGUCGGAUUACCUGCUGUCUGUCACCAUGCCAAGUAUGGUCCGCCACAGUUUUCAAACCAUGCUCUCUGUUGGCUACUAUCGAAACCUUUACUCUCCGCCAGACAGCAGUGCCUCCUUCGUCCAGGAUUUUUCCAAAGAUGGACGGCUCUUGCAAUCUUUCUACCCGGGAACAGGCCGCCGAGUUCUUUACCAAUAUACACCACACGGCAAGCUCUCCGAGAUCCUUUACGAUACCACACAGGUCUCCUUUACUUAUGAAGAAUCAUCCGGCGUUAUUAAAACCAUACACUUGAUGCAUGAUGGGUUUAUUUGCACCAUCAGAUACAGGCAAACAGGACCUCUAAUUGGCCGACAGAUAUUCCGAUUUAGUGAAGAAGGUCUGGUGAAUGCCAGAUUUGAUUAUAGCUACAACAACUUUCGGGUAACCAGCAUGCAAGCAAUGAUCAACGAAACGCCACUCCCUAUCGAUCUGUACCGCUACGUAGACGUGUCUGGGAAAACAGAACAAUUUGGGAAAUUCAGCGUCAUCAAUUAUGACUUAAAUCAAGUUAUCACCACCACCAUGAUGAAGCAUACCAAAAUUUUCAGUGCCAACGGCCAAGUGAUAGAAGUGCAGUACGAAAUUCUGAAAUUCAUUGCCUACUGGAUGACCAUUCAAUAUGACAACAUGGGACGUAUGGUGAUCUGUGACAUCCGAGUAGGAGUAAACGCCAACAUCACAAGGUACUUCUAUGAAUACGACGCUGAUGGGCAACUUCAGACUGUCUCUGUGAACGACAAGACUCAGUGGCGCUACAGCUAUGACCUCAAUGGAAAUAUCAACUUGCUCAGCCACGGGAACAGUGCACGGCUCACACCUUUGAGGUACGACCUCCGAGACCGCAUCACAAGGCUAGGAGACCUUCAGUACAAGGUGGAUGAAGAUGGCUUCCUUAAACAAAGAGGGAAUGACAUUUUUGAGUACAACUCCAAUGGCUUCCUGAGCAGAACUUACAACAGGGUUUCUAGUUGGACUGUCCAGUUUUGCUACGAUGGUUUGGGACGAAGAGUAGCCAGCAAGUCAAAUCUAGGUCAACAUUUACAGUUCUUCUACGCAGAUCUCUCCAACCCAGUAAGAAUUACUCACUUGUACAAUCACAGCAGUUCAGAAAUCACAUCCCUUUAUUACGAUCUCCAAGGCCACUUGAUAGCUAUGGAGUUAAGCAGUGGUGAAGAGUAUUAUGUGGCCUGUGACAACACAGGGACACCCUUGGCUGUCUUCAGCAGCCGGGGGCAAGUGAUCAAAGAAAUCCUUUACACGCCUUACGGUGAGAUCUACCAGGACACCAACCCAGAUUUUGAAGUGGUGAUCGGUUUUCACGGAGGGCUGUAUAAUUCUUUGACUAAGUUGGUGCACUUGGGGCAAAGAGAUUAUGAUGUCAUUGCUGGACGUUGGACAAGCCCGAACCAUCGCAUCUGGGAAGAACUGAAGAAUGUUCCCAAACCAUUUAACCUUUAUGCUUUUGAAAAUAAUUAUCCAGCUGGUCAAAUACAAGAUGUGGCUAAAUAUACUACAGAUAUCGGAAGUUGGCUUGAACUGUUUGGAUUCCAGCUUCACAAUGUCCUUCCUGGGUUCCCAAAGCCAGAGAUGGACACCGUGGACACAACCUAUGAGCUUUUGCAGCUUCAAACCAAGACCCAAGAGUGGGAUCCUGGAAAGACUAUUCUUGGCAUUCAGUGUGAACUACAGAAACAACUCCGGAACUUCAUUUCCUUGGACCAGCUUCCCAUGACCCCCAAAUACAGUGUCAGCCGAUGUACAGAGCGGGCAAGACAGCCCCAAUUUGCUGCCGUUCCUUCGGUCUUUGGGAAGGGCAUCAAAUUCGCAAUUAAAGAUGGGCAGGUAACAGCAGACAUUAUCGGCGUAGCCAUUGAGGACAGCCGACGCAUCGCUGCCAUCCUCAACGGCGCCCAUUACCUGGAGAACCUCCACUUCACCAUCGAUGGACGAGACACGCACUACUUCAUCAAACUCGGGUCUUUGGAAGAAGACCUCUCUCUCAUCGGCAACACCGGGGGGCGGCGGAUCUUGGACAACGGGGUCAAUGUCACGGUGUCACAGAUGACUUCGGUCAUCAACGGGAGGACAAGGCGAUUUGCGGACAUCCAACUCCAGCAUGGUUUUUUGUGCUUUAAUGUUCGAUAUGGUACGACUAUCGAAGAGGAGAAAAACCACGUCUUGGAGAUCGCCCGUCAAAGAGCUGUGCUACAAGCUUGGACUAAGGAACAAAAGCGACUGCAAGAUGGUGAAGAAGGUACAAGGGCUUGGACCGAGGGGGAGAAGCAACAGCUUUUGAGCACUGGGAAAGUGCAGGGUUAUGACGGAUAUUUUGUCUUAUCUGUGGAGCAGUAUCUAGAACUUGCAGACAGUGCCAACAAUAUUCACUUUAUGAGACAGAGUGAAAUAGGCAGAAGGUAACAGACCUACAAGCGACAUGUUUCCUGCCUUCACAUCACCAAAGACUGCCUGUUUUUAAAUGAAGAUGUUAAGUAACAGUUUAUUGUAUUGGUUUUUCUAGAGCAGAACUCUGUGUAUAUAUAAAUAUAGAGGGGGAAAAGAAACAUAUCCUACUGCCUUUAAAUGUGACAGAAGAUGGUAUUUUAAUAUAGUUUGUUUAAAUGCUUUGGGAGAUGGCAAUGGUUCUUUGUUCUAAGGCAGUUUAUAUUCAGUGUUUGGGUGCAGCAUUCUCAGUGUUGAACAUCAAUCCGAGAGAAUCCAGAUGGGCAAAAUAUUUAAGAAACUGUCUCCUUUCCUUUCUUUCAGAAUAGCUUGUUGGUUACUUAGUUUGCCUACAACAUAUAAAAAGGGAUGGAGCCAGUGCCGUGAAUUGCUUGGUUCCACUCAGGACCCCUCUCAAAACUAUCUUCCCCUCCUGAAAAUAAGCCCUCCCUGAAAAUAUUGCAACACAGCAGCAGCCGUGAGGUGACUACGCUCGCCGCCUCCU